AUGGCCAUCAUAUCUAGCAAUGUUCACAAACAAGUCUACCAACUUUACAAAGCCAGCCCAUUAACGAUUUUAAUGGCCAUCAUAUCUAGCAAUGUUCACAAACAAGUCUACCAACUUUACAAAGCCAGCCCAUUAACGAUUUUAAUGGCCAUCAUAUCUAGCAAUGUUCACAAACAAGUCUACCAACUUCACAAAGCCAGCCCAUUAACGAUUUUAAUGGCCAUCAUAUCUAGCAAUGUUCACAAACAAGUCUACCAACUUCACAAAGCCAGCCCAUUAACGAUUUUAAUGGCCAUCAUAUCUAGCAAUGUUUACUACAAACCAUUUGUAGCGUCAUCACAUUCCUUCCUCAAUAAUUCUAUGUCCGCAUCUAUUAAUCUACGAAUUUUGUUUAAUUACCCUCAAUUUAACCCAAUCAAUUUUGAUUGA